GUGGGGUUUUCUUCUGAAGUGAGCACUUGACUUCGUGCCUGCAUCUAGCUCAGCACAAAGAACAUAGGGACUCUGUUAGACCUGAAGGCAGAUGGCCCAUCUUCAGUCUAAUAAGGAUCUUAUUUCUACGGGAAUGAAGGAAUUUAAUGUUCUGCUGAAUCAGCAGGUCUUUAAUGAUCCUCUUAUUUCUGAAGAAGACAUGAUGACUGUGGUGGAUGACUGGGUGAACUUCUAUGUCAGCUAUUACAAGCAGCAUAUGAAAGGGGAGCAGCAAGAACAAGUUGGGGCUCUGCAGGAACUCCAGCAACAGUUGGACAUUCUGGCAAAAUCUUUUCUGGUUAAAUAUAAGGACUUCCUGAAAUCCCAGGAGCACCCAAACCAUAAGCUUCCUUCCUUCUAGCCCAGAGAUCCAGGCCUUCAUCUUCAAGAAGCCCUUAAAUUCUGGCUUUGUAGAUCAUGUACUCAGGAUGUGCUUCUUCAUGAUACCCCAAUAAAUACCAGUACUGGUUUUGCUGGA